UGCGCCUGCGCAGUGCGCUCUACUCAAGGAGGCGGAGGCGACGAGCCGGAGGGAAGAUGGAAGACUACCAGGGUGCUGAGGAGACCGCCUUCGUCGUUGAUGAAGUGAGCAACAUCGUGAAAGAGGCUAUAGAGAGCGCCAUCGGCGGGAACGCGUACCAGCACAGCAAGGUGAACCAGUGGACCACCAACGUCGUGGAGCAGACGUUAAGCCAGCUCACCAAGCUGGGGAAACCGUUCAAAUACAUCGUGACCUGCGUGAUCAUGCAGAAGAACGGAGCCGGCCUGCACACGGCGAGUUCCUGCUUCUGGGACAGCUCCACCGACGGGAGCUGCACCGUGCGAUGGGAGAACAAGACCAUGUACUGCAUCGUCAGCGCCUUCGGCCUGUCCAUCUGAGCCCCUGGUCACCGCUCUGCCUCAGCGCUUCUGUCCGUCUGCCCAUCACUCACCGCGCGUCCGUGCACACCUCUCUCGGUAUCUUGUGUUCUGUGGCACUCUCAGAAUGUAGAGAAAUACACCCGUGGCUGCAGUGUCCAGGCGCUGUGCACCGCGAGCCACUCACUGUCCCCAGUGGGCGGGCAGAGCCUGCACCGCCCCCUCUUAACGGGGAACGUUUCUUUACAAAGGUGCUAAAACUCAAAUCCUGGUGGGAAGCUCUUCUCUCUGAAAUGAUUCAAGUAUACUAAUUUUCCAUACUUUUUACUUUUGUUAGAAUAAAUUAUUCAAGUUUCAA